UUAGUUCUGAUGGUUCAUGCAUUUGAUAUCACAGGUUGCUUCCUCAAUGUUAUAGAUCCAUUUUUCAUAAGAGUCUAAAUUGUUCAAUCUCCUAAAUUUGGAAACUUGGUUCAAAUUGGUUCCCUGUCUAGGCAAUUAUGAUUUCAAAGAGCUGAAGUAGAAAAGAAAAAAGUUAAGUUUUAUCCCACAGUCAACAAACUACCCAAAUGAUGCGAGGGAGAUCAGAUGGAGCGCAGAAGAAGCGCUUGUGGACUUCUGUAGGUAUUGGGGCAGUCUUGGUUGUUUUCCUGUACAUGUAUUUCGGAUCCAAGAGCAGUGGUGAGUCUGCUCUUGAGUACGGCAGCCGUUCUUUGAGGAAAUUGGGAUCAUCUUAUUUGGGCGGGGAUGACAACUCUGAUCUCAGCAGGCAAGAUGAGAAGUUUGCGCUGGAAGAUGGUGAUGAUGGCAUCAUCCCUAAGAGCUUCCCCGUUUGUGAUGAUCGCCAUUCAGAAUUGAUUCCGUGUCUCGACAGACAUCUCAUAUAUCAAAUGAGAUUAAAGUUGGAUUUGUCAUUGAUGGAGCACUAUGAAAGACAUUGCCCGUUGCCUGAAAGGCGUUUCAAUUGUCUGAUUCCUCCUCCUCCUGGAUACAAGGUGCCAAUUAAGUGGCCAAGAAGUAGAGAUGAGGUUUGGAAAGUGAACAUUCCGCAUACGCACCUUGCACAUGAGAAAUCUGACCAGAAUUGGAUGGUUGUUAAGGGUGAAAAGAUAAUAUUUCCUGGUGGGGGCACUCACUUUCACUAUGGAGCGGAUAAGUACAUUGCCUCGAUUGCAAAUAUGCUGAACUUUUCAAACGAUAACUUGAACAAUGAGGGAAGGAUCCGCACAGUCUUUGAUGUGGGUUGUGGUGUGGCCAGCUUUGGUGGUUAUCUUCUAUCCUCUGAUAUCAUAGCAAUGUCAUUGGCACCAAAUGAUGUGCAUCAGAAUCAAAUCCAGUUUGCCUUAGAGAGAGGAAUUCCCGCAUAUCUUGGUGUCCUCGGAACAAAAAGGCUUCCGUAUCCAAGCAGGUCAUUUGAAUUUGCUCACUGUUCUCGUUGUAGGAUUGAUUGGCUUCAACGGGAUGGUAUCCUCCUCCUUGAGCUCGAUAGGGUACUUAGGCCCGGAGGCUAUUUUGCGUACUCAUCCCCUGAAGCAUAUGCACAGGAUGAAGAAGAUUUAAGAAUAUGGAGAGAGAUGAGUGCACUUGUGGAACGCAUGUGCUGGAGAAUUGCAGCUAAAAGGAACCAAACUGUCAUUUGGCAAAAGCCUCUAAACAAUGAUUGUUACAUGGAAAGACCUCCUGCUACUCAACCGCCACUCUGUCGGUCUGUUGACGAUCCAGACGCUGUUUGGGGUGUGAAUAUGGAACCGUGCAUAACACCUUAUUCUGAACGUAAGUACUUGCCUCUUGUCUGUCUUUCUUUGAGUGUCGCCCAAGUGAAAUUGAGAUUGGGCAAUAAAGUUUUGGCAGGGACAAGCGGCUUCUUUUUAUCCAAGGGAAGUAAAAUACAAAGUUAAACUUAGCAAAAGCAAUAUGAUAUUUAAUAGGCCAUUUUUUGGUUCAAAUACACUUUUUUCCCGAGAGUAAGGGUUUCUCGAAUGUGGCCUAGUACUACAACUGUAACACAAGUAUGCCUCAAUAGCAAGCUAGUUUAGUCGGCUUUUCUAAAGUUCAUUUCAUGACCGAAGAGUUUGGAAAUAAUAGCAUAAAUUGGCAAAGGAGUUUCACACAACUGCUCAACACCAAUUCUGGCUUGAAUUCUGUGCUCGAAAUUGUUUUUCUACCCUGAUUUAGAUUAUCCAUUU